AUGCGCUUAGCAUCCUUGAUUCUGGUAUUAUUACCGUUCACCAUCGCCUGCCCUUCAGAAUGUCAGUGCUCUGGAUUAGAUGUUCAUUGCGAAGGAAAAAGUUUAACAACAAUUCCAUCACACAUUCCUAUUGCAACCACUAAUCUCUAUUUUUCCAACAACUUAUUGAGUUCCUUGAGGAAAUCUGAUUUCCAUAGUCUCCCAAAUCUACAGUAUCUUGAUGUAUCAAACAACACUAUCAGAACUGUUGAAGAGACAGUGAUUGAUGGUUUUCCCGGCCUAAAGUAUCUCGAUUUAUCAUGGAACAAAGUGAAAAUCGUUCCAAAACUCUCCACGUCUCCUAACGCUCUGGUGAGCUUGAAUCUGGCACAUAAUGACAUUUCAAAACUGGAUGAUGACGUGAGUUUCACUUUUUUGUUAUCCAGGAAUUUAAUUUAUUUAAUGUCCAACAGCCCAUACCUCCAAACCUUCUCCCUUCAAAGAAACCGUGUUCAAACUUUAUCUCAUGACUUCUUUACCAAUCGAAUGGUCCCUACGCUGAAAACUGUGAAAAUGGCUGGAAAUCCAUGGAGUUGUGACUGCAGACUUAUACAACUCAAAACAAUGGCUAACGCUCUUUUGGCUUAUUCAAAUCGGAACACGUUUGUAAUUGGAAAAUGUUUCUUCCCAAAGGAUCUUCGCAAUCAAGUUUUUAAAAAUCUUGAAUUGGAAGACUUCAAAUGCACCAAACCCGAGUUUAGUAAAACUGACGAUGGGAUGUUUAAAAUGAGCUGUCCAAAUAAUGAAAUGGAACCCUACCACUAUGAUUCCGUCUUUCUGGAGAACAACAAGGAAGCCCGACACACUGCACAUUUUGCUCGUGACAAAGAUGGGUCUCUGCUCUCUAAUGGACCAUUUACUAGAAAUUAUCAAUGCGCAUUCCACAGACAAAAACAGUCAAUCCAUUCGUUGAAGAAGGCUCAAGCAGGUACCACGGAAUCUACAACCAUGGAGACUUCUACAACUAUGGAGACAACGACUACAAUGGAGACCACAACGACUACAAUGGAACAAAUGACGACUACUGAGAAGAUGCUUGUCACCACUGAAAUGCCAGAAGCAGAUCAUCAAUCCAUGUUUAUCCACAGACAAGCAGACACUUCUUCUCGAGAUGGCGAAACUUCGGAACUGAUGUGUGAAGCUGAAGGAGACCCAAUGCCAGUGAUGUCUUGGAUGUUUGGAAAUGAGAAGUUAGUGGAGUCUCGGAAGCACAAGUUCUCAAAGAAUGGGUCGGUUCUGAAAAUUUUCCCGUUUUUGAAUACCGAUGUUGGCCAGUAUAAAUGUAUUGCGACGAAUGACGAGGAAUCGGAAGCGCACAUGUUUACGGUGUCGUUGAAAGAGAGGCAACAACCGGUCAUUGUUGAUGCUCCUAUGAACACAAACGCAACCAUCGGACAACAAGUCACCUUCCGCUGUAAUGCUAAAGGAUUCCCAACUCCAGAUGUGGUUUGGCUGUUUGAAGGAACUCGUAUCCCAAGAAGAAACACUAGAUAUACGAUCUCCGACAACAACAUCGAACUCACAAUUGAAAAAGUCACACGCCACGAUUCAGGAGUAUUCACGUGUCAAGCAGUCAACAGUGUUGGUUCUGCGGUGGCCACUGCCAACUUACUGGUUGGCGCCGAACUGACGGAGAAGGUUGAUAAACUUCUUGAUGACUCAACAAUCGAAAAAAUUGCCAAGGAAGCGAAGCAGAAAGUGGAGAAUGCAUUGGCUUCUACCAAAGAUCAAAGGAAAAUGGAUAAAAUUGAGAGUCCACACGAUCUCAGAAAACUUUUCAAGUUUGCGAUCAAUCUCAAAAAAGUGGAUUUGGGAAAAGCCAGAGAGAUUUACGAAGAAAGUAUUAGACUAGUUCAGAUGCAUAUUGACAAUGGACUUGCAUUCGAAGCCAAAAUGAUCUCUCCAAAUGUGUCCUAUGAAGCUGUUCUACCAGUUUCCUAUGUUCAAACUCUGAUGGAAAAGUCGGGAUGUCAAACUGGCCAAUUUGCUGAAAGCUGUGAGGAUUACUGCUUCUUUUCCAAGUACAGAUCGUAUGAUGGGCAGUGCAAUAAUCAGGAGAAUCCGUGGUGGGGAGUAUCCGAGAUGGCGUUCCUUCGAUUAUUGCCUCCACGAUAUGAGAACGGAUUCAAUACACCAGUUGGUUGGGAAAAAGGAAAGAUGUAUAACGGAUACCAAGUGCCAAACGCUAGAAAAGUGUCAAGAGUACUUAUUGGUACGGACGAGACCACACCACAUAGUCACUUGAGUGCGAUGACUAUGCAAUGGGGACAAUUCAUUGACCACGAUCUCACAUUGACUGCUCCUGCCCUAACCCGCCAUAGUUAUAAAGAAGGCGCAUUUUGUAACAGAACAUGUGAAAAUGCGGACCCCUGCUUCAACAUUCAAUUAGAAGCCGACGACCCAAAACUUCACACCGGACUUUACCAAAAACAUCCUUGCAUGGAAUUUGAGAGAAAUGGAGCAGCCUGCGGAAGUGGAGAAACGUCGCCUAUUUUCCAAAGAGUCACUUAUCGGGACCAACUGAAUCUUUUGACUUCCUAUCUCGACGCCUCGGGAAUCUACGGAAACAGUGAGGAACAAGCAUUAGAGUUGAGAGAUUUGUACAGUGACCACGGAUUGCUACGGUUCGAUAUUGUCUCCAGUGCUAACAAACCGUACAUGCCAUUUGAAAAAGAUUCCGACAUGGAUUGCCGUCGUAAUUACUCCCGCGAGAAUCCAAUUAAGUGUUUCCUCGCCGGAGAUAUAAGAGCAAAUGAGCAGGUUGGUGGUGGCGGUGAUGUAAUCGCAGGGGGUCACAAAAUCUUCUUCUUGCAGCUGGGCCUCAUGAGCAUGCAUACCAUCUUCCUGAGAGAACACAAUCGAAUCGCUUCAAAAUUGUUGGAGGUUAAUGAGAAUUGGGAUGGGGAGACGAUUUUCCAAGAAACCCGAAAAAUUAUUGGCGCCAUGCUCCAACAUAUCACCUACAACGACUGGCUUCCUAAAAUUCUUGGAAAGGCAACAUAUGACACAAUCAUUGGAGAAUACAAAGGAUACAAUCCAGAAACAAACCCAACUAUAGCCAACGAGUUUGCCACUGCUGCCCUAAGAUUCGCUCACACUCUCAUUAACACCCAUCUAUUUCGUUUCGAUAAGGAUUUCAAGGAAACCAAGGAGGGACAUUUGCCAUUACAUAAUGCGUUCUUCGCCCCUGAGAGACUAGUGUCUGAAGGUGGUGUAGAUCCAUUGUUGCGUGGAUUGUUCGCAGCUCCAAUCAAACUUCCCAGACCGGACCAAGUUUUGAACAAGGAGUUGACCGAGAAGUUGUUCAAUCGAUAUCAUGAGGUUGCUCUUGACUUAGCCGCCUUGAACAUCCAAAGAGGACGUGACCAUGGUCUCCCCACUUGGACAGAGUACCGAAAAUUCUGUAACCUUACUGUCCCCAAAACCUGGGCCGAUAUGAAAAACAUCGUGCAGAAUGAUACCGUCAUCGCCAAGUUACAAUCGCUAUAUGGAGUUCCAGAGAACAUUGAUCUUUGGGUCGGUGGAGUCACCGAGAAACGGACUGCCGACGCUUUGAUGGGUCCGACACUUGCUUGCAUCAUUGCCGACCAAUUCAAACGUCUGAGAGAUGGUGAUAGGUUCUGGUAUGAGAACGACGAGAUGUUUUCAAAGACUCAACUCCGACAAAUCAAAAAAGUGACACUGUCAAAGAUCAUAUGCACAAACGGUGACGACAUUGAUAGAAUUCAGCGCGACAUUUUUGUCUAUCACGGAAACAGCACACAAUUCUAUGAGAGCUGCGAUGCGCUGCCGGAAAUCAAUUUGAACAUGUGGACUACGUGCUGCGAUGCGAUGUGCUCAUCGAGUUCAAGUUUGGCGCGAAAUGCGAUUGGUGGCGAUGAGAAGGCAAAACGGCGGAAGAGACGACAUCAUCCCAAGAAGAGCUGUCAUGAUGAGGGAAAGAAACAGAAGAGUGGAGAUAGAUGGAGUCAUGCGAAUGAUAUUUGCAUCGAAUGCAUGUGCGAUGACGGCGAAGUCUGGUGCAAGACAAGGGACUUCUGCAAACAAUCUGAUCUUAAAUAA